AUAAAAAUAUCUUAUGUGUGUAUAUUAUGUCUUUUCAGACUGUAUAAAGUCUGUAUCUUGUAGUUGCCAUGGCAAUCAUUGUCAAAACAUUGUUUCCUUCAGAAAUCAGACAUGUGUGUCACUUAUUUGCUUGUGUAUAGAUUUACUUACAGAAUAUUACAUUGCGCAUAAAAUAAAUAUGGAGAAUAAUAUAUCAUCGGAUCUUCGCAAAUGGUUGAGAAAAUGUUUAAAGAAGGAGUUCGGAAAAACCAUACAUAGCGCCAUAGAUAAGGAACAGGGACCCGUCGAUAUUGCUCACGAAGUUACGCACUCGAGAAACAUGAUCAGUUUAUUGAACUCCAUGAAGAAAGUAAUUAGCGAACAAUAUGUAUUGACGAAACCCUCAUCUGCGAUGUCACAAUCGCAGUCAUCAUUGUCUUUCACUAGCGAUAUCACGGCGGACGAUUGGGCUUCUCCUCAAGGAAACGGAGAAGAGUACAAUUACGUUAUCGACAAAAUCAGUCGCGAUAAGCCGGUUCAUGUGAGACUCGCUGGUUACGAAAUUUUAUUAAAAAUUGAUGUGUCCAACAUAAAUGACAGUCCUCAAUGGGACAUGCUUGAAAAGAUGCUACUGGAUGGACUCACGGAUGACAGCAGAGCCAUAUUUGAGGCCAGCAUGCGAGUUCAUGCCAAAUUACUAAAUUAUCCGCAAUUGCACAGUGUUUACGGUAAUUUGUUGAACGCGUUCGAUACGCAAUAUCAUUCGCAAAAAAUGUGCGAGACUCUGCCCACGUUGAUUUCCGGAAUUAACUUUAAGUUCUUCCUGCACGAAAAACUUUUCUGCAUAUUGUAUUUGACAAUUUGCUACCACGAGGAAAUGUUGAAAAAUACUAAACACAGUGAAAAAACUAUGGAAGAAAUUAUAGAGCAAUUUAUAACAUUUCUUAGUUCACACAGCUUCGGUAAGACACUUCAACCUAAAACCUUAAACAUGCUGAAUAUAAUAUCUGUAUUAGAGCCACAGGCUAAAUGGAGCAAGAGGUGGCUUCAUAGUCUCUCAACUAGGAGAACUUUCGUUACCGCUUUGGCUAAAUCGCCGACGUUGCUUCAGAAUGCCAUUGAAUGUAUCAAAAGCGGUUUGAAAACAACACCUUGCGCCUUGACCGCUUGCAUUAUGGACGAAGGCAACGAAUUGUGUAUUCCCGGAAACACGAUAGAAACCGCAACUUAUUUACAUUGUGUUGUUUUUGUCUCGCAGCUUUGCAGUUACGAGAAUAGCCGAACAUUAUUUGCCGAAGGUUCAUUGAAGACACCGUUUGUUGUCACUGACUUUCUCAUCGAAUUGACAAAGUCUUUGAACAAGAUAGCACCCGACGCACCGAGCGGAGUGUACAAUACUUCCUGCAACGCUCUGCAAACUGUACUGAAUAUAUCGGAAACGUUAUACAAUGCUGAAUUCUAUCACACUGCAUUGUGCCAUUUGACGUCUCUAUCUGAAAAUAAUUUAAAAAUUUGGUCCCAUACGUUAAUCAUCAUUUCUCAUAUGGCGAACACAAUGGACGGCGUGGAAUUUUUGAUUACAAUUUGUAAGGAGCAUUCAACGAAUUCCGAAAGCGUAUCUUCAAAAUCUCCGGUCGCGAUCAUAAUGCAAUACGCAUCGAAUUUGUUGAAACAACCAUUUUCCAUAAUGGAUAUAGAAUAUAUUUCUAAUUCGUUCAGCCUCGUGGAAAAAUUAUUCGACGUAUACGACGUUUACGAGGCUGCACAAGAACAGAUAGAAAUGCAAUUCUAUCCUGCUGUCGCUAAAUUCUACAAAAAAUUAAAUAAAUGUGGCGUUGAAAAUGAGAAUAAAAUACAACCAUUAGAUAGAGCUGUCAAAAACAUUUUACUAAAAAUGGUAUCGAUACCACUCGGGUUGCAGGCUCUUGUCAAUGAAAAGUUAGUAUUCGAGGAAUUGAUUCGCGGACUAAUUGUUCCUCUGAGAGUAACCUGGAGCUCAACCAAUAUAGUCAGUUUUAUCUCAUCAGCCGGCUAUUUUGAUAUCGGUUACAACGUGCUCGCGGAUCUCGCACCUCACGUUUUGUCGACUUUGCUGUCGCAAACUUGCGCAAACGCGGAAGAUUCUAAAUACUUUUACGACCCAUGGGAUCGAGAAAACGUCGACGAAUUUUUACAUAUACUUGCAUUAUUCUCUCUUAAUUUUAAUUGUUUCGCCGCAUUUAUGAUAACCGAAUUGGAUAAUGACGAGGAAAAGGAUUAUCCUUUCAAUUUGUCCGAAUUAUUACGUGCUGCGACCAACGAAGAUUCAAGCUAUCAUCAUUUAGGUCUUUUAUCGUUGAACACAGUAAUCUGGAACUUGGAUAUUUAUGCUUACUUACAAAACUUAUUAAAUUUUCAGGAGUCAUUGUUAGAUAUACAGAAAAUGAGUACGAUUCUAAUUGACGCUUGCAAGGAACAAGACUGCGAUGAAAGGGAUUCGGAGAAAAGUAUAACAGAAAAUGAUGACGAUAAGCAGGAACCAACAAAGGAAUACAUAAUUGAUAAUUCCAGUUUCUUGCGACAUAAUAUUUUAUUGAAAUCAUAUUAUUUGACAUUCAAAAGGUAUCAGCGUGAAAUACCGUUGGAAGAAUGUGAACUGUUUUCAGAAUUUCCACCUCCUAGAAUAUACGCAGACAUGUUAACAAAUCCCUUGAACGCGGACUGCGAUUCAGAAUUGAGUAACAUGUUGCAAGAGGAGAGACCGGGUUUGUUAGAUAUUAGUUGGGUGUCGCAAGUUAGGGCAGCUCAUAAAGAGUCGCGAGGUCCGAUAAAGAAUUCAACAAUGAUAAAUUUAUUAAAUCAAAUGCACAAAGCCGUUCCAACUGCGGAAUGGGUGGAGCACUUUGAGUGGCAGGAGAAUAUAACGUAUGACGCGGAUUAUUGGCUGCCGGAAGACACGCAGGCAAUUAAUAUCACGUUAAAAUAUGCCGAACAAUUAAAAAUAUUAAAGAAUAAUAAUGAAAACCAGAAACAUUUGAAACAAUUUAUACAUUCCGCUUACAUAUUCAUACAAUACAACAAACCGAGUAAAUUCGAAGGUUUUGACUGGUUUUUAGGAACAGUGUUUCUUAUUUGUGAUGGAGAUCUAGAUAAAUGUAAAACAUUUAUAAUGCAAUUAAUUCAAUUUCCAACGACAUUGCUGCUCUGGCCAAAACUAGGCAAAGUUAUUAAUGAAAAAAAUAACGAAAACACUAGUUUGCAAUUCACGUUCAUGCAAGUUUUAGAAUCUAUGGUUAAUAUUGAACUUCCAAACAUUAAAUAUGGAUUAAAGGAUGUCUGUGGCGUGGAUUGGUGGAUGAUAUUCAAUAGAAUGAUAUCUCAAUGCUUCUGGAGUAUACUUCCGUGGAGAGAAAUAGCUCACUUUUUCGCAAUUUGUAUUUUAUAUCCGCCGGAUUAUAUGGUAUAUUAUAGUGUGUCACUCUUGCAAUACUGUCAGAAUACUCUACUGGAAGAUUUAACAAACGGAAAAAUGUGGCCGGAAAAUAUGAUUCUUGAUGAGUAUUGCUGUCAUACUUACAUUUCGUACAUGGAUAAUUUGAGUCAACGAUACAGAAAUAGGAUUUUACCCGCGAUGACAAAAAAUUUGAAUUCAGAAGAUGAAAUAUAAAUAUAUUUAUAUUAUACAUAAUACACACACACACACAUA